GGAGUGGCAGGGGGGGGCCGCGCGGGAGCAGCUGGUGCGGCUCUAACGCAGGCUCCCGCCGGCCAGCCUCGCUGUUCGUUUCUCCGUCACCCCCGCCCCUCGGGGAGGCCGGACACAGAUAACCCUUCUAGACCGAGGUUUUUGACCAUCAGGUAAAAAUCAUACUCAAAGGCAAAUCAACAACCCUGUAUCCAAUACAUAGAUAUUAUAAGUUGGGAUCCAUUAUGAAGAUCUUCUGUGGAAGGGCCAAUCCAACAACAGGUGCAAUGGAGUGGUUAGAGGAAGAUGAGGAUUAUGACUAUCAUCAGGAAAUUGCAAGAUCACGCUAUGCAGACAUGCUGCAUGACAAAGACAGAAAUGUGAAGUAUUACCAGGGUAUCUCUGCUGCAGUGAGACGAGUGAAAGAAAGGGGCGAGAGAGCAAUUGUUUUAGACAUUGGGACUGGCACAGGACUCCUGUCUAUGAUGGCAGUUUCAGCAGGUGCAGACUUCUGCUAUGCUAUUGAGGUUUUUAAGCCUAUGGCUAAUGCUGCUGUGAAGAUAGUGGAGAAAAAUGGCUUUAGUGAGAAGAUCAAAGUUAUUAAUAAGCACUCCACUGAAGUCACAGUUGGACCAGAUGGAGACAUGCGGUGUCGUGCAAAUAUCCUCAUAACAGAGCUUUUUGACACAGAGUUGAUUGGAGAAGGAGCUUUACCAAGUUAUGAACAUGCCCACAAAUAUCUUGUACAGGAAGGAUGUGAGGCAGUGCCUCACAGGGCAACAGUAUAUGCUCAGUUAGUGGAAUCCAAAAGAAUGUGGUCCUGGAACAAGUUGUUUCCUGUUCACAUCCAAGCAGAGGAUGACAAGAAAAUUAUUGUCUCCCCUUCAGAAAUGGAGAACUGUCCUGGUGUUUCCUCUGUCUAUGAUAUCCAACUGAACCAGAUGCCUUGGAACGACUUCACUAUUCUCAGUGAUGUUGUAACAAUGUUCAGUGUGGAUUUCAGUAAACAAGUAAGCAGUGCGUCUGCUUAUCAUAGAGUGGUGUUGCAGCCUGUAAAGUCUGGCAUGGCACAGGUGAUCUUCUCUUGGUGGGAUAUUGACAUGGAUCCCUCUGGCACAAUAAAAUGUACAAUGGCACCAUACUGGGCACAACCCACUUCUCUUGAUAUCCAAUGGAGAGACCACUGGAUGCAGUGUGUAUAUUUUCUUCCAAAUGAAAAACCACUUCUUCAGGGUGAGAUUGUGUAUUUAACUGCCUGUCGUGAUGAGUAUUCUGUGUGGUACAAGCUUCAAAAAGCAAGAGAUAAAGAAGAUAAAACAGAUGCCCAUGUUGCAAGUCCUGUUUGUAGAUGUCAGGCUCACCUGCUAUGGAAUAGGCCACGUUUUGGAGAACUAAAUGAUCAGAACCGAACAAAUGAAUAUAUCAAGGCUUUGAAGAAAGUUCUGAAAACAGAUAGUGUUUGUCUCUGCAUCAGUGAUGGCAGUCUGCUUCCUGUGCUGGCUCACUAUCUUGGAGCACAGCAGGUGUUUACAUUGGAGAACUCUGCAGUAUCUCACUCUGUCAUGGAGAAAAUUUUUAAAGCCAAUCAUCUAGAAGAUAAAAUUAAAAUAAUAGAGAAACGUCCAGAGUUGCUGACCCCUUCUGAUUUAGAAAAUAAGAAGGUCUCUGUUGUUAUUGGAGAACCUUUUUUCACUACAAGCUUACUACCUUGGCACAACUUGCAUUUUUGGUAUGCCAGAACAGCAGCGGCUAAUCAACUCGUCAGAAACAUCACUGUCCUGCCACAGUCUGCUUCCCUGCACAUGAUGGUUGUAGAGUUUAAGGACUUGUGGAGAAUCCGAAGUCCAUGUCGUACUUGUGAAGGGUUUGAUGUUCACAUUAUGGAUGAUAUGAUUGGGAAUUCUCUGAAUUUUCGAGAGUCCAAGGAGGCAGAGCCUCACCCACUGUGGGAAUACCCUUGCAAGUCACUAUCAGAUCCCCAGCAGGUCAUGACAUUUGAUUUCAGACAGACUGUACCACAGCACCGUCUCAGCACAGAGGGUUCCAUGAAGCUGUUACGGACUGGAAAAAGCCAUGGAGCCAUUCUGUGGAUGGUGUAUCAUCUGACUGCUGACAUCUCAAUUAACACAGGACUUGUGCAGAUUUCAAAUGAAAAGGGCAACUGCCAAUGGAAUCCCCACUGCAAGCAAGCUGUUUAUUUCUUCAGUUCUGUAAUUGAAUCGGAAGCUGUGGCUGACCCUUCUAGUGCUAUUGCAUACUCUUUAAGUUUUGACCCAAAGACGGGCAAGAUUGCCAUGGAUUUUAAGCUAUUGCCAUAAACAUUCUGCUUUUACUUAUAAUAUUUUUUCUAAAUUAUAGUAAAUACAUUGAAACAUGGCUACACAGCAUUUUUGUUUGAUAAGGUUUUUUACUGUGAUUACUGGUUUACACUGUUAUCUGCCUCAAAUCUCUGUCUUACCCUGCACUCCCAAAGUACAUAUCUUGAUAAGGGAAGAGAACACUUGCUAUUUUGCCAUAUGGAAUAAUUUUGAUGGGCACAUAUAUAUGUGUCAUUCUUUGCUAUAGCGUGAGAACUGGCAUACCUGUCGGAGAUCAGAGCAGCGGCCGGUCAGCUGCUUACUGACUCCCACCCGGAGCCGUAAAACUGUCGCCUCAACAGGCGGGUAGUGAUGGAUGGGGUGGAAUUAACCAGGCACAGACGCGUGUUGGUUACAGGAAUUAGUUUACUUAUGUCGCUCAGAUAGUGAUGCGUGACGCAGGCUGAGCCUUUGUUCCGUUGCAGUUUUUCCAGUUAUAGCGAUUAUAAUCAAGCGUAUGGUCUCAGGUUACAGCUAACGAUACAACGAUUACGAUCAAGCGUACAGUUUCGGGUUACAGCUAACGAUGACGGACGUGGUGCAUGGAACGAGCUAUCGUGUGUGCAGGGCUUUGAUACGUCAAUAUUGCGCUGACGGGAAGCUAUUGACAGCUGAUCAGACUGUCAAUUUACUCUGAUCAUGAUCUUAGGUUUCUCCUUAGAGAUUCCCACAGAGGUCUCCGACUUAGGCAGAAGUUGUUAAACUAUUUAUAGACAGAGGUGUCUCUCAGAGAUAUCCAAUGAUGAACUGCUAAAUGGAAUCUUUAAUUAUUUGGCAAGCAGCAGUUCUUUGUGCUCUCAGGUUGCUAUCAGGUUACAAGGUAGUGGGUCAGGUUUCCUGUCCAAUACGUGAGAGGGGUCUGAGCUUGCUUCUUGACCAAUUGCAGGGAUUUAUGACAGGGCUAUCCCCUUUUACUCUGACCAAUCAUAAAUCACGCCUAAGUUUCGUUUCUUGCUAGUGACGUGGGCAUAAAUUUAAGUUUCUUGCUUGGAUUUUUUUUUUCCAGGAACUUCUGGACAGAGAUUUCUUUAACCCUUAAUUGACUGCUGUGUGCAUCUCUUGCUAGUGACGUGGGCACUGAUUAAUUUGGUUGUGACAAUACCUAGUUAGAGACUGAAGUAAAUGAUUGAAAUAUUGAAUGUGAGUGUGCCAUUCUAAGAAAUGAAGGCUACUGACAGAUGUGAAACCAACCCCCACCCCACCCAGCUCUUUACCGGAAGAGGGAGCGCUUAGUUCGAGCCGACUCCCCAGUGUCUGUAUAGAUCAGGCACCUCAGUAGGGCUUUUUGGCAUUUUUAUCUAACAGCUGCUUCAAUCACUUUGACAAACAGUGGCCAGAAAAGUAGCUGGAAAGUUAGAAAAUGUAGAUAAUUCAGACUAAUUGUAAAUAACAAAUUGGUGGUAAUAGGUUUUAAAAAUUGAUGAAGCAUGAAAACUUGGAGAACAAAUAGGAGAAUUACAUACUUAAUGAUCUCUGAAGGCUGAAUAUCAGGAUCCCAUUUCUUUUAUACUUACACUGGAGAUUUUAUAGUAAGAAAGGUUAUACAUUGUUCUAGAGGAGCACACUUCCAGAACCAAGGCUGUUAGAAAUGAACUGCAGCUCACUGGGAGAAACAGCAGAGAAUGGCCUUAUCAGGGUGCAGUGAAAUCUGUGUUUCAGCACUCAGCACAUGGUACAUUUGUGCGCUGCUACUUGUCUCCAGGGAAUGCUGUUGCAUAUGUGCUCUGGCAUGCAGCAAAUUCCCCUGGGUGAGGUAGGGGAGACUAGGGCCAGUAUCUAGGCUAGAGUCCUGGGGGCCUCCUGGGGUUGCAGUAGCAGUGAUUAGGAGCCUGGCUGGCAGCUGGAUUGGAGUUCUGGCCAGCCAGGUUCUGGUUUUCGGCGCAUGUUGCAGCCAAAUGUGGUGUGCUGCUUUUUUUUGCUGCAAUUUUUUUUUUAAUACUGAAAUCCCCCAUUGUCCAAAAAAUGAUCCACUGCUAAUUAGUAGCAUGGCAAACAUAUGCAUGUGGUGUGUGUGCAGUUUGUGGCGCCGCAAACUACACAUGCAUGCUUGUGGGGAUAUGGCCUUUGAGUCCAUGUUAAAUAUGACCUGAGUUUCCCAAGUGGAGAACACCAGAGCUCCUACUAAAGUUAAUCAGCAAUUUACCUGCUGUUUCAGGCCUUAGUAGUUACUCAGAUACCUUUAUGCUCUAAACUUUCAAGUCUCAAAUUUGCACACAGUUUUGUAAUUAUUCACUAUAUUAGUAAGAUGCAAGUGGGUGUGGACAAUGAGACUACUGCAGGAAUAAAAGUGCAGAGGAAAACAGUGACAAAGUGAGUGACAGACACAUUUUGGAAUCAAUCAACAAUAUAAGUGGGGAGCUGAUUUAUUCUAGUCAGUCCAAGAAGAAGUGUGCUACUUGCAGUUAGGGGCAAAACAACUAAAUGCUAAUAUUUCUUAUACAAAAGGAAACCUUGUUUGAAAAAUAAAUACAUAAGACUGUGUCAAAGCAGAAAUUAUUCUGCACUACAUAAAGAGUAAGGCUGUUCAUCUGCUAUUAUUUAGAGCAGCUUUUUAUUUCUAGAACUGACAAAAUGUAGCAAGAGGCUCCCAGGGAAAGAUGCAAGGCUACAUGCUUGCCACCGCACUGCUGCUGCCACACCCUGCGCCCCUUGCCCACAAAACCUUGCAGGUGGCCGUGGGAUGGUAACGCAGAGUGCAGUGGCAGAGUUGCAGUGGCGGCCUCUGUGUGCACGGCCCUUGGUGUAAUAGCAGAACCGUGCUGAUUGAUAACUGAGGAUCAGGAUCAUGGUUUCAAAGACUCAGGAAGUAGCUGACUUUUUUUUUUUUAAUUUUGCAACGGCAAUUGAAUGGAAGCUGACAAUGUUCUAAAGAGAAUAGGGCAGCCACAGGCAGAAGUAGAAAGUAUUAGAAUCCACAGGUUUUUAAAAGAUGUAAAAUAAGAAUAAGAACUUGAGGUGGAAAUUUUACAGUAGUUGGUAGCAAUACAAAUGACUUGACAGUAAAAGUAAGUUAGUCUUCUCAGGGAAGAGUACCAAUAAAAUAGAUCAUACAAGACAGUGGCUGAGUUUUUUUUGCUAAAGACCCUGAUGAAUUGGUUAACUCUUGAGGGAGUAUUGUAGAGGAAAUCAAUACUGGUAUUGGAGGUUGGACUUGGUUAUUACAGUUUUAUAUUGUGCUAGGUACUCCAAACCUGAUGACCAGGGAUCCUGGUUUUCUCUGAUUAAAAACCCAAAAUCUGUGAUAAAAAUUAAAGAUCCCCGCCCCCCUCCCCAGUGCUGCUGGUGCCCCGCA